UUUUCACGUCUCACCAAACGAGGUCUCAACAAACAAGAAGACAUAAAGCGAACGCUUGUUGCCGCAAAUCUCUUCUCGUCUCUUUCCGGGCAUCAGAGCACCGUAAUCCGACUGCUUUUUUUUUCCUCUCAUAUCGUCAUCUGAAUUCAAUUUUUUGAUCACUGAUAUCCACAACAUGGGUGAUUCUUACUGGAAAUACGCUGCCGCUGAAGGUAGGCAGCAGCAGCCACCACUUCAUCCACUCAUCGGGAAGCGCCCUCGCUCCGAUUACGAUGUUCCUGGUGGGCGUGAGUUGCCUAAAUAUUUUGAUCCUGAGGGGGAGAGAGGACCCGGACCUCAACUAGUGGUUAAAGAUUCUGAUUCAAUCGGUGCAUCUUACGAUCGUUACCUGCGUGGCACGCAAUUACCGCCAUACAGUGGCAUUGAGUCUGGUAGACCCAUGGGGAUGGGAGUUGGUGGUGGUUUUCACGAAGAUCCUCGCAUGAUGGGUAUGGGUAUGGGCAUGGGUAUGGGUAUGGGUAUGGGUAUGGGCCCCCCUGCAUCAGCAAAAGGUCGGGAUGCAGCAGGGCUGUUAGGAGGCGGGAGGCAUGAAAUUCCUUUGCCUCCUGAUGCCAGCAAUACAUUGUUUGUGGAGGGUUUGCCUUCAAAUUGUUCACGAAGAGAAGUGGCUCAUAUAUUUCGCCCUUUUGUGGGGUACAAAGAAGCCCGACUCGUGACAAAGGAAUCCAGACAUUCAAGUGGUGAUCCAUUGGUACUCUGUUUUGUUGAUUUCAAAAGUCCAGCUGAGGCAGCCACUGCUAAAGAUGCCUUACAAGGUUAUAAGUUUGAUGAACAUGACCGAGAGUCGGUGAGCUUACGGCUGCAAUUUGCUCGCUACCCUGGUGUGAGGGCAGGAGGAGGAGGUGGCGGAGGGAAGCCAGGUGGUGGAGCGAACCGUGGAAGACGUUGAAUAUGCACAGACAGACAGCUUAACGUAACGUAACAGGUGAGGAUCCAUCUAUCUAUCCAUGCGUCCAUGUUGCAGUCGGUUUGGUUCGGUUCAUUUACAUACGUCUCUCCUUUUGAGUUUCCGGUUUCGUUUCCUUAGGACCAGAUGAAAAUCGGGUUGCGACUUUCGACUUUCGACACAUGUUUGUUAUGUGGUAUUAAAUUUCGUUUCAUGCCAGAGAGAAAUGUUUGAUCAUAUAUUAUUUAUUUUAUGUUGUCAUUUUUAUCUAUACGUUAUGCGACUAAUUAUCCCUUGGGGACUCGUUGUCUAGAGUUUGACUUGUGUGUUUUAUUGGUUUUCUCAUAGUAUUAUCUGUAUGCUUCCAAAAUAAAUAUGUGACCAUAAUCCUAUUUUUGCAUAAGCUUAUCCGGAUCGAUCGUGCUAUUCAUUUUUCUUUGGAAAUGAACUGUUUUUUUUAAUGGACUAAAUGAAAUCCCACUAUCCAAGUACAAUAAAUCGAUUCAAACGGUUUUUUAUCACGCUUGUUCAACCUAGUUUCUGAAGAAACCGUCCGGUUUGAUCCGGUCUAGAAAUUACAUAAAACUGGUUUUUAAAACAUUGGUUAUAGGUAGUUGUAUCCAUCUCCCGACAUCACACUUGCAGUCCUAAGUCAGUUUAGGUUUUGGCUUGCUUCCUGCCCAUUCACCAGUGUCGCCUGUACAAGUCAAGACUCAAGUGUGCUGUGCAUUCAGAGGCUAAUUUGUACUUACGCAAGCCUAAAAUUUCCCAUUCAGUCUCUGUGAAAAUCUUAUGAAGAAGGUAGGUAGGGGUAGAGGUAGAGGUAAAACCAUAAAUAAUGAAAGGGAUUACAUACAUACCUGGAUUCAACUGUGAGGGAGGAUGGAGGAAUAUAUAAACACAAAUGCAAAGAAACAUGGAAGUGUGAUAUUGGUUCGGCUCAUGGCUCACGCUCAUCUCCCAUUACAAAACCAGGACAGGACACAGGACAGGAGCCACACCAGUAUCAUGCCUCUUUGUUUCUUUGUUUUUCAAUUCAAGCCUCUUUGGCGGAGGGUUUUUGUAUGUUUUAGAGCCCCCCUUAUAUACUACUACUACUACUUGAUAUGCCAAAUUAAAUUAUUAAGAUUAUAAUAAUAAUACCCUUCAAUUAAACCUCAUGGGAAAACGUAUAAGCUUCUUCCAAUUGGGCAUAAAUAUUGCAUUUGGAUAUUGGAUUUGUUUGUUUGGGAGGAGGAUGAGAUCCUUAACAAAUAACAAACAUAUGGCAAGUCGUUGAAGCAUUUGUCAUCUUGUGUGGAAAAAGUCCAUGUUUAAAUUCCUAAUAUAUUUCUAGAUAUCCUAUCAAGAGCCACUCCCAGAUUCCUUCAUUCAUCACUUUUGUUCGUGUAUGUGUGUGUAAUAUAAUAUAUUAUGUUUUAUUCUAAUACUGCAUGCACCACGUUAUACCUAAUAUAGAAGAAGAUGCUUUUUUUUUUUUUUUAUCAAGACAUUAGAGGAUCAAAAGUCCCCCAUUUGUUUGUUUCUAUAUUUUCUCUUGAUUGAUAUAUAAAAAUAAAAAGAAAAAAUAAAUGUUUGUUUUUGUUUCCAUCUCAAUCAAAUCAACAAAGAAUCUAAAUGUGAAAUCAUCAAAUCAUGCUCUUAGUUGGGAUGGAUUGGGGAUGAAAAAAAAGCUGCAAUGCCAUGCCAUGGAGAUAUAUAUUUUGAUGGUUGUAGCUACUAUACUAGCUAGAGGGAGAUGUAAGUGAGGUCCAAGGAUAUCAACAAUUGUAACAAAAUUUUAAUCUAAAAUAUUAAGAAACUAUUUUUAACAUCGGUUUUAUUUAUACAAUCAAAAGUCAGAACACACUUCAUGGCCUAAUCUAAUCAAAAGUCAAUAUUACAUCAUCAUCAUCAUACACAAUAGUUGUAAACUUUGCAAUCCUUUUCGAAUCUAACGUUGUCGAGUCAAGUUCACAUAACAUAUCCUUCUGUCAUUGGUUUGAACAGGUCUAUUUAACGGUUUAACCCUAAGUUAUUAUGUUGACUUCUGCCUAGACUUUAAGUACACAUAUCUGCUAUUUAUCUGUUCACCUCUAGAUUAUUUUUCUUGGGUCCACUACAAUUUUCGUUCAUAUGCUUAGGUCAAGAUUGCAUAUGUUGUCAUUAUUAUUUUUCACUCUUAC